UUCAUUGCUUAAUUCUUCCACUCGAAUGCGAAAGCUUUACUUGACACGCCUAUUCCAAGCACCUGUGAGGCUUUUGACGAUGAAUGUAGAGGGGAAAGGAAUUCAAGCGAAAGUAACGUUGAAUGAUGGCUACCAAAUGCCUUUGUUCGGCCUCGGUGUUUACAACGCGAAUGGCGACGAUUGCCGUAAUGCAGUGAAGUUUGCUCUGCAGAAUGGAUACCGCUUGAUCGAUACAGCAACUUAUUACGAUAAUGAAGCUGAAGUUGGACAAGCAAUCAAAGAGUCUGGAGUCAAGAGAGAAGAUAUCUUUGUGGUGACAAAACUCUGGAAUGAGGACCAUGGAUAUGAAAAAUGUUUAAAGGCUUUUAAUACAAGCCUAAAAAAGCUUGACACUGGCUACAUUGAUUUGUAUCUUAUUCAUUCACCCAGUCCUGGGGGCAAUGUUGACUCAUAUAAGGCCAUGCUAAAGCUUCAGGAAGAAGGUGUUUUAAGGUCUGCUGGAGUGUCCAACUUUGGUGUGAAUCAUCUUAAAGAGAUGGAAAAGGCAGGCCUUCCGAUACCAGCUGUCAAUCAAAUCGAGCUUAAUCCUUUUUGGCGAUUAGAUGACAUUGUCAACCACUGUCUUGAAAAAGGCAUUGCACCAAUGGGUUACUGUCCAUUGUUUCGUGGCAGGAAAAACAAUGAUCCAGUUUUAAUUGAAAUGGCAAGUAGGUACAAUAAAACUAUUCCACAAGUCCUCAUCCGGUGGAGUGUGCAGAAAAAUUACAUCACCAUCCCCAAGUCCAGUAAACAAGAGAGAAUUUUAGAAAAUGGAGACAUAUUUGACUUCACUAUCAGCGAAGAAGAUAUGAAAACUUUGGAUAAUAUGCCCGCAGAACAGUGCACUAACUUGAAGGAUAUCACAAACUCACUAUGGAGAGGUUAACGUCGAGUUUAUCAAGCCAUUCACGAACGGGGAAGCUUCUUCACUGAUUAUGAAACAGACGCACAAUUUGGAAAAUAUUGUACACUUUUUUGCUGUGGUUUAAUUACCCCUAGGCUUGUUUAUGAGCCUUUCUAGGGACUGUGCAUAAUCAUGCAUGUUUUCUUCACGAAAUUUUUUUUUUUAUCUGCUAGCCAAUGUUGAUUCAUUUAUUUCAGAGCUUUGUGAAAAUCUUGCAUAUCGAUACUGGUAAUUUUUUUAAGGCGGGUUACUAGGGCGCUCAACCCUCUUGAUGCUACGCUCUUCCAUUUCAAUUAGGACGACAUCCUCGAACUGAUGAGUUUAUUUUCUCUUGUUACCCGUUUGUUAAAUAAUGUCUUGAUUUUGUCAGGAGGGUAGUAACAGCUUGAUUGCUUCUCGGAAUUAGAGGGGUUGAUUAAUUUUUUUUCCAAAUCUUAGCAUGAUAACGUAGGUAAUCUUUUGUAAUAAAACGUUUACAUGCUAACA